AUGGAACCAUUAAGAAUAACAGCUACUGAUGAUUGCGGGAUUUAUUCCAAGUAUCGUGAUAUAAUACAUAGGUCUAGUAUGUUGUCAAUCCCAUUAAUAAGAUGUGAUGAUAUUCCUGUUAUUAAACAGGAAAAUAUUGAUAAUCUAGUAUUAAAGGGAACUGUCAAAGAAGAAAUGAUUGAAGAAAUAGACCGUAACAAUGAAAGUGGAUCAUUUCGAAUAGGGUAUCAUGAUAUAAUACAUAGGUCUAGUAUGUCGUCAAUCCCAUUAUUAAGAUGUGAAGAUAUUCCUGUUAUUAAACAGGAAAAUAUUGAUAAUCUAGUAUUUAAGGGAACUGUCAAAGAAGAAAUGAUUGAAGAAAUAGACCGUAACAAUGAAAGUGGAUCAUUUCGAAUAGGGUCUAGUAUGUCGUCAAUCCCAUUAUUAAGAUGUGAAGAUAUUCCUGUUAUUAAACAGGAAAAUAUUGAUAAUCAUGUAUUGAAUGGAACUGUCAAAGAAGAAAUGAUUGAAGAAAUAGACCGUAACAAUGAAAGUCGAUCAUUUCAAAUAGGGUUUAGUAAUCUUCACUGGUCAUGCCAGUUUUGCACACAUUUAUAUUAUGUUGGGUUAAUUCUACCAUUCACAAAAUCUUCAAUUGGUUUGUUUGCCAUUGUUAAAAUACCCUCAUGA